ACGCGCGAUUCCGCCGCGUCUGCACACGUCCAUCGUCGUGAAUCUCGCUCACGUCGAGUCUCAGCUCGGGGAGUCCCCGCCGUCGUCGUUGUCACCGUCGCAGGAGGCAGCGACGCUCGAGAGAAUCGGCGGGCGCCUAUUUAUAUUCCGGUACCGUCCGGUACGGCAUGGGAGCAGCAGCACCGUCCUUAACGGAGACGGAGAUCGGACCAGCUUCUCUCUCCCUCGCGUGCACAGAAAGAGCAAUGAAUAACAAGAAGAACAACAACUGUAGGCGUUUCUAACCAACUUCAUUUUCGUGUCACUGCUCUCUCUCUCUCUCUCUCUCUCUCUCUCUCUCUCUCUCUCUCUCUCUCCCUCUCUCGUGUCCUCUCUUGUGAUUGUUCGCGCGAUGGAAGGAGCGGUAGCGCGUGCUUUUCUGCUUCUCCUGUCCCUCUCGGUCGGUGCCCAGUGCGGCGCGCUCGCGUUCACCGAGGAGCCCGGAGACAGGGCGCACAAAUCGGACGGAUUUUGUAGUUGGAUCAUUCGAGCGCACGGCGCGAGGAAGGAGCUAUACACCGAGUUUCGGCUCCGCGUCGAAGGAGAACCGGAGAGCUAUCACCCCGGGAGCACGUACAGAGUGACUCUGUACGCCACCAACCCUGCUUACUUCAGAGGCUUCACGCUCAUUGCUUUAAAGGAAGGACAGAAUGGGGAAAAAGAGGAGGAUUACGCUGGGAAUUUCCAGAUCAUCGAUGAAGAAGACACACAGUUUAUGACUAAUUGCCCCCCCGCAGUGACCGACAGCUCCCCACGAAGAAGGACUAAAAUCCAAGUGUUUUGGACGGCGCCCCCUUCAGGCAGUGGCUGCAUACUGCUCAAAGCGAGCAUCAUUCAGAGGAAGAUCAUCUCUUUCCAGGAUGAAGGCUCUCUGACAAAGCGACUGUGUGAAAAAGAGUCGUUGUAUGGUGAGGUCACUGAAAAGCCCCUGCUGGAUUGCUGUGCCUGUGGAACAGCCAAGUACAGAGUGACCUUCUAUGGGAACUGGUCUGAAAAACUGCACCCCAAAGACUACCCCAGACGAGCCAAUCACUGGUCAGCCAUCAUUGGUGCGUCACACUCCAAGAACUACGUGCUGUGGGAAUACGGCGGUUACGCUAGUGAAGGAGUGAAACAGGUAGCGGAGCUGGGCUCGCCCAUCAAGAUGGAGGAGGAGAUUCGACAGAAGGGUGACGAGGUUCUGACGGUCAUUAAGAUGAAGGCGCAGUGGCCAGCGUGGCAGCCUCUCAACGUACGGGCCGCUCCUUCGGCAGAGUUCUCAGUGGACCGAACCCGUCACCUCAUGUCCUUCCUGGCCAUGCUUGGGCCGAGUCCCGACUGGAACGUGGGUCUCUCGGCUGAAGAUCUCUGUACGAAGGAGUGCGGAUGGGUGCAGAAGCUCAUCCAGGACAUGAUCCCGUGGGACGCUGGGACUGACAGUGGGGUCACCUACGAGUCUCCUAACAAGCUGACGAUUCCUCAGGAGAAGAUUCGUCCUCUUACGAGUCUGGAUCAUCCUCAGAGCCCGUUUUAUGACCCAGAAGGUGGAGCUAUAACUCCGGUGGCCAGAGUGGUGGUGGAGAGGAUCGCUCGCAAGGGUGAGCAGUGCAACAUCGUGCCCGAUAACAUUGACGACAUCGUGGCAGACAUCGCUCAGGAGGAGAAAGAGGAAGGUCUGUGUUGUCGUCGUCUUCACCAGGAACUUGGUGUCUACAAAGUUCAAAAGUGUUGCUAUAGAAACGACGACACUCCAGAGACGUGUAUUUACUCCAACUGGUCUCCGUGGUCAGCCUGCAGCUCCUCCACCUGUGAGAAAGGAAAGCGGAUGAGACAGAGGAUGCUGAAGGCUCAGCUGGACCUGUCUGUCCCCUGUCCACACACACAGGACUUCGAGCCGUGUAUGGGGCCAGGCUGCAGUGACGAGGACGCGUCGACGUGUAUGAUGUCCGAAUGGAUCACGUGGUCCCCGUGCAGUGUGUCUUGCGGCUCGGGCGUCCGGUCCAGAGAGCGAUACGUAAAGCAGUUUCCUGAAGACGGUUUUGCCUGCACGCUCCCCACUGAGGAGAUCGAGCCAUGCACCGUCAACCAGGACUGCUCUUCUAGCAGUUGUCUGGUGACUGAAUGGGGUGAAUGGGACACCUGCAGCGCCACCUGUGGGCUGGGCAUGAAGCGACGCGAACGUAUGGUCAAAAUGCCGCCGUCUGACGGCUCGAUCUGUGAAGCCGAGGUGGUGGAGGUGGAGAAGUGCAUGAUGCCCGAGUGUCAUACCAUCCCGUGCUUGUUGUCUCCGUGGUCUGAUUGGAGUGACUGCAGUGUGACAUGCGGUAAAGGAACUCGCACGAGACAACGCAUACUCAAAUCUCCGGUGGAGCUGGGAGAGUGCAGCGAAGAGCUGGAACAAGUGGAGAAAUGCAUGCUUCCAGAGUGCCCUUUAGACUGUACAAUGUCUGAGUGGUCUGAAUGGUCUGAGUGUAAUAAAUCAUGUGGGAAGGGUCACGUGAUCCGGACAAGGAUGAUAAAUAUGGAGCCUCAGUUCGGGGGCGAUGCUUGCCCCGAGACGGUCCAGAGGAAGAAGUGCAAGAUCAGGAAAUGUAAUCAAGGAAGUACAAACAGUGAUGAGAGAAAGAAACGCAAAGAAGCCAGAAGGAAGAGUAAGACCACCCAGGGCAGGGAGGAGUGGAUUGAUGAGCUUGCAGGGUGUAAAAUGAAGCCAUGGUCUGGAUGGAGCGACUGUACCAAAUCAUGUGGUGGAGGGAUCCAAGAGAGGCUAAUGACCUCCAAGAAGAGAUUCAAGAGCACACAGUUAACCAGCUGCAAAGACAGGAAGGAGAUCCGGGCCUGCAACGUCCAUCCCUGCUAAGUGGUGCAGAGGAUCAUGGGA